UUGAACUUCAAACAGUGCGCUUGUGUCUAAACUAUGACAUUUAGGAUACUUUUGUCUAGUUUGAUUAUAUUAGGGUUUGCAGAAGAAGUCUGGAAUCACGUAGAGAUAGAGGCUGAAGAUUAUUUCUUUCCUUUAGAGCCAGUAAUAAAUUUUUGCAAAAUGGCGGAUCAAUGUCAACACGACUUCGUCCCUAUCUGCGGACAGGACUCUCUCGGGAUAACGCGUAUGUUUAACGAUAAUUGCGAUCUAUAUGAGUACAAUUGCGACGAAAAGAAACAAUAUCGUCAUGUUAAAAUGGAUGUUUGUAAAUAUGAAGCUGCGGCAGCGGAGAGAUCGAAAUAACAAAACACAUAAUGCAAUGAACUGUUUAAAUAAUAAGUAAAUAAAUUAUUUUUA